UGGUGACGCAUGCGCACAACGUGCCUGCUUCUUCAAAAAAGCGCAACUGCGGAGGGAGAGAGAGGGAUUCGGUCAGCAAAUUCCUCUCUGUCUUCAAGCAGCUGAAACACCUGUUGCGAGCCAUCGCCAGACCAUGGAGGAAGUAUCUGUAGCUGAAUCCCCCUCCUUGAGCUUUAGCCUGGGGGACUAUGCAGUGUUUUCCAUCAUGUUGCUGGUUUCAAUGGUGAUCGGACUGUACCAGGCUAUAAGGAAGCCAGCGGCCGGAGGUGCCAGUGCAGAGGACUUCUUCACAGGAGGUCGGAGUUUGCCUGCUGUCCCCGUUGGCCUGUCACUCUGUGCUAGCUUCAUGUCUGCCAUCCAGGUCCUGGGGGUCCCCUCGGAGUCCUCACGUUAUGGAUUUAAGUUUCUCUACAUGUGCCUGGGCCAAAGCAUAAACUCUCUACUCACAGCACUGCUCUUCCUGCCUGUGUUCUAUCGUCUCAACAUCACCAGCACCAACCAGUAUCUGCUCAUGAGAUUUGGCCGUGGGAUGCAGCUUCUGGGUAGUGUCCAAUUCCUCUUGGCUACACUGCUUUAUACAGGGAUUGUCAUAUACGCACCUGCUUUGAUUCUCAAUGAAGCCACUGGCCUCAAUUUGUGGUUGUCUCUGUUUUCUACUGGUAUCAUAUGCACGGUGUACACCACGCUGGGGGGCAUGAAGGCUGUUAUUUGGACAGAUGUGUUCCAGAUUAUAGUCAUGUUGUCAGGUUUUAUCGCCAUUUACAUCCAGGGCACUGUUCUGGUUGGUGGUCCUGGGCGCGUACUGGAGAUCGCCUACAACGGAUCUCGUAUUAAUUUCGACGAUUUUGAUGUCGACCCCCGUAAGCGCUACACUUUCUGGAGCCUGACUGUAGGGGGCGCUAUGGUUUGGCUGUCUAUGUAUGGAGUAAACCAAGCUCAAGUUCAGCGAUAUAUCUCCUGUCGAACAGAAAAAGAUGCCCAGUGGGCCCUUUUUGUGAACCAGGUGGGCUUGUGCCUUAUCGUGAGCAGUGCAGCAACUUGUGGGAUUGUCAUGUUUGCUUAUUACAUUGAGUGUGAUCCUCUUCAGUCUGGGAGAAUUGCCUCACCUGAUCUGUAUAUGCCAAAUUUUGUGUUGGAAAUCUUUGAUGGCUAUCCUGGUUUCCCCGGGCUUUUUUUGGCUUGCGCAUACAGUGGAACACUAAGUACUGCCUCCACCAGCAUCAAUGCCAUGGCAGCUGUCACAAUGGAGGAUAUCUUGCGACCUCAUUUACCCAAUAUUACACAGUCAAACCUAGUUCUAGUUUCCAAGGCUCUGUCCCUUUUGUAUGGAGUUGGCUGUAUUUCAGUUGCUGCUCUCUCCUCAUUCUUGGACUGGGGAGUGCUUCAGGGAUCCUUUACAGUGAUGGGGGUUGUCAGUGGUCCAUUACUGGGAGUUUUCCUUUUGGGCAUGUUUGUCCCAGCAGCAAAUAAGUUGGGAGCUCAUUUAGGCAUCAUAGCAGGAUAUUGCGUCUCUGUGUGGCUGGCUGUUGGUUCUACUUUGUACCCUCCGAGUCCACAGACGAUGGGAGUUUUACCAACCUACACCGACCACUGUGCAUCCACCAACAUCUCACUCACCCUCACCUCCAGCUCCAGCUCCACCAGGCUACAGCCCAAAGAGCACGGGGGAAUCCAUAACUUCUACUCCAUGUCCUACCUCUACUUUGGAGCCAUGGCAACAAGUUCUGUGGUCUUAAUAGGGCUGAUUGUGAGUUAUGCAACAGGGCCUACAAAGAGAGACCAAAUCAAAGAAGGUUUGUUAUGGUGGGACUUGAACAAAAAUAAAGCUGAUGUCCUUUCAGAUCCCAAUACAAAUGGGCAGAUAUUUCCUUCUUUUCUUCAUAACACACGAGAAAGGCUACAUCUUCCUUUAAGCAAGACAAAAAAUACAACGACUGAAAAGACAACACAGUCGCAACUUUUUAAGAAGAGACUUCACCAGGGGAAUAACACCAGAGAUGGGGCUCAAGAUUGUACAAUGGUCAUGUUAGAACACAUUAGUUAA